GUGACAGCAACAGCAGUGUGUAUGGCAAGAAGGGAAAAUAGCGAAGGUUUAUUCGCGCUGUAAGAGGUGCGUAACCACGCGUUUUGUGUUGAGACUUUCAAGGGUUUCAUCCUAUUGAAUUUUGAUAACAGACUAUAACUAUGCCUGAAGAUAACGUUCAGAGCCUUACAGUGGUGACAUGCACUGCGCCGGUGAAUAUCGCUGUCAUUAAAUACUGGGGAAAGAGGGAUGAAGAUUUGAUUCUACCAAUCAAUUCCUCUCUGAGCGUAACACUGCAUCAAGAUCAGUUGAAAACAACCACAACGGCAGCAUGCAGCAGAUAUUUUAAGGAGGAUCGAAUAUGGCUCAAUGGGAAAGAGGACAAUAUCAACCAGCCCAGAUUACAGUCCUGUCUCAGAGAAAUUCGGCGGCUUGCCCGUAAGAGACGCAGUGACGGCGAUCCCAAUGCAGAUGCGCUUGGCUAUUCAUACAAAAUCCACAUCUGCUCGGAAAACAACUUUCCCACUGCUGCAGGCCUGGCCUCCUCUGCCGCAGGGUAUGCCUGUCUGGUGUACACAUUGUCGCGACUGUUGGGAGUGGAUGGCGAAUUGUCAGAGGUGGCAAGGCAGGGUUCAGGCAGCGCCUGUCGCAGUAUGUACGGGGGCUUUGUGCAGUGGCGGAUGGGGGAGCAAGAGGAUGGGAAGGACAGUGUGGCUGAACAGGUGGAGGCAGAGACCCACUGGCCAGAGCUUAGAGUCCUCAUCUUGGUGGUGAGUGCUGAACGAAAGCCGGUGGGAAGCACUGCAGGCAUGCAGACGAGUGUUGAGACCAGCGCUCUCUUGAAGCAUCGUGCUGACUCUGUGGUCCCAGGAAGGAUGGAGGAGAUGAUCAGUGCUAUCCGACAGCGGGACUUUGCAGCUUUUGGGGAGCUGACCAUGAAAGACAGUAAUCAGUUCCAUGCAACCUGUAUGGACACAUAUCCUCCAAUCUUCUACUUGAAUGAUGUGUCACGACGUGUCAUCAACCUGGUUCACCGCUACAAUCACCAUUACAGGGAAACUCGGGUGGCAUACACUUUUGAUGCAGGCCCUAACGCAGUGAUCUACACACUGCAGCAGCACGUGGCGGAGUUCAUCCAGGUGGUCAAGCACUUCUUUCCUCCAGAAACCAACGGUGAACAGUUCUUAAGGGGUCUUCCAGUGAGCCCAGUAUCCCUGUCUGAGGAGCUGACAAGGGCUAUCGGGAUGGAUCCCCUGCCUAAGGGAAUCAGCUAUAUCAUCAGCACAAAGGCCGGUCCGGGUCCUCGAGUGGUGGAAGACCCCAGCCUUCACCUGCUGGGACCUGAUGGGCUGCCCAAGAAGAGUGCCUGAGCGCGGAUUCUCUUUUUAAAAUAUGCACCUUAAUGAUGCCCACAUUGAAAUGAGACUUAGAAGGGAAAGGCAUAAACAAAAUGGUUUUCUAGCUCUGAUGUGAACACCUGUGCCUACCCCUGGUGGUAACAGGUGCUGCUGUAAUUUCCCAGUGUCAUUAGAUAAAAGAACCUUGAGUAAGAAUACAGAAA